AUGAAUUUAAUUUAUCGGAUAAAUGCGUAUAAUUUAAAUAGAGAUUUUCUUAUUUUUAAAUUUUGUUAUAUCUUUAUCAGGUAGAAUACGUAAUUGAAAGGCCCUCAAGCUGUUGUAAAAUAAUGUUUAUAAAAGCCAUAUAAAUAUUAUCUAUUGUUAAGAGAAGAGUAUAUUAUGAAAAUUUUUAGUUUUGUUUACAUGUAUUAUGCAGAUAGUUUAUAUUGAAAUUUGAUGGUUAUUAAGUUACUGGAUAACAUUGUAUUUGUUAAAAGUGGAAGUAAUUUAAACGUUUAUACAUUCAAUGUGUUUACUUGAUAUUGUUUUUUUAUACCACUGUCAGCAGUGAAAGUGUUUGAAAGUUUUUAUAAAAGUUGAAAUUAGUUGAAGAAAUGUGUGAAAAUCCUAUGGCUUUGCCAUCAAAUAAUUAUGCUAAAAUUAAAGAAGAAUCUGAUAUUAUCAAAGAGACUUAUACCCAUAUCAUGGAUAAUUCUUCAGAUAGUUUCUGCAAUAUUGUUAAUUCUGACGUUUUUAGUGCAUCAUUAACUGAGCAAUUAGAAGAGAUUUCAGAUUAUCAAGAAAUGAUUCAAGGAGAAUGUCUUCUUCCAAUUUCAAAUUCAAUUUCAGGAAUUGAAGCCAGUGACAUUGGAAAUUUGCUAGAUCAAUUUUUGAAAUAUGAGCAGGGGAGUGAAUGUUAUUCAUAUCCAGGUUCUACUUGUUGGAGCCCAACAGAGUCACCUUCUGAGGACUCAAACAAUGAUUCAGUACUUGGCCAGUUAAUGAUUGUAAAACAAGUUUUAAGCAUAGAGGCUGAAGAUACAGAAACAAUUUCAUCUUCUGACUUUCAGGAAUCUGUUAACAAUAAUAUAUCUUGCAAACCGAAUGGAGAUGGUUUACUUAGAACAAUUAAUGGCAUCCAUCCAAAAGGAGAUAAUAAACGAAUGGCAGAUAGUCCAAAAUUUGCUAAAUUUAAGAAAAAGAAAAUAUCCAAAGAACCUCCAUUAAGAAGAAGCAUGUCAGGACCUACAACUCCAAGGUGUAUUUCACCUACUCAUGUCAUUCCUAUAGAAGAAAUUAAAAAGAGAGAAGCAAAACUAAUAGAAGCUCUUGCUUUUUCUGUCCCAAAAGAAAAGAUUAAAAAAAACCAUAUUCUUAUUAACAAUAAUGUCAAUUUAGUUCCUCAGUCAGAAAAUCUUGAAAGUCAUAUACUUAGUCGUCUUCAGCCAGUUGUAUCAAAAAGAAAUAAAACAACAAUUCGAAAAGAAAAUGAUUCAACGUCUUUACAAGUAGCCAUUGAUCCUCGGUUGACUAAAGAGGCAUAUGGUGAGUCAAAGAAUGUAACACAAUUUUUGGAUACUAAUUUAACAGAAAAUUCAUUAUUAAAAAGGAAGCACUCUGAACUUGAAGAUGAUUUAACAAUUGUUGAUAUGACCGUUGAUCACGAUGUACUACCUACCAAAAUAUCACUUUCUUGCAACACUCCUUCAAGUUUAAAGUUAAAAGCUGAUCAAGAAACUACAGAACAAAUUAAAACUAAGCAAUCAGAAACUACAGAACAAAUUAAAACUGAGCAGUCAGAAACUACAGAACAUAUAAAAACUGACCAAUCAGAUUCUACUUAUAUUUCAGUUAAUAAUAAUAAUAAAAGUGAAUCAUUAGAUAAUAAUGCUUCUACUAAUAUAGUAGAUGAUACUGAAGAUUGUAAGAAAUUACUUAAAAACUAUAGGAAAAAUACUACAAAUGAAGUAUCAGAUAUAUUUACUUUUGAUUCUCAGGUCAAAUCUGAAAAUAAUAAUGACAAUCUAUUAACUUUAAGUCACACAAAAUCAAAUAAUGUCCUAGAUAAAACAUUAAAUGAUAGUAAAAAAAGGUAUCAUUCAAAUAGUCCUCGUAAUCGUUCUAGAAGUAAAUCUCGAAAUCAUUCUCGUAGUUCUUCUCGAAAUCGUUCUAGAAGCCCUUAUAAAAUAUAUUCAAAAGCCAGUAAAGGAGGUUUAUCACGAAGUAGAAGUCGAUCUCGAUCAAACAGUGUUAAUUCAUUUCGAUCAAGCUUUGAUGAUCACAAAAAACGCUUGUCAUCUGAAAGUGAUCAUGAAGUAGAAGACAUUAAUGAAAAGCUUACUGAAUUGUCAAACCCAGUUCCAUAUGACAUUGAACAUGAACGUAAAUUGAGAUUUUUAGUUGGAAAAGCUGCUAAAGGAGAUUUUGAAAGAAGAAAUAUUUAUGUAGGUGGAAUCUCAAAAGAUACCACAAAAUCUAGUUUAAAUGAGCGAUUUCAACGUUUUGGUCAAAUAGAAAAAAUUACUUUGCAUUUUAGAGAUAAAGGUGAUAAUUAUGCCUUCAUUGUUUAUGAGGAACCAGAAGAUGCCAAAAGAGCAAUUGAAGAGGGAAAUGAUGAUGCGAGUUAUCCAAUGCUUGAACUUUGCUUCGGUGGAAGAAGAAAGUUUGUUGGUGGAAGUUAUGUUGAUUUUGACGGGAACAACAGUUAUUUAGAAGAAAAGGUGCGGCGUGACGUAAGUUUACGCUGUGAAUCUCCUGAAGAUGACUUUGAUAAACUUUUAAAAAUGGCACUGAAAGAAAAAUCGGUUGAUAGAAUUAUAAGAGAAACUACGCCAGAAUGGACGUAAAUUUUGAAAUUAUUUUUUAUUGGGUUUUGCAUUGAGUGUACAUAAGAUGGCGCUUUCACUGUUUAAUAGUCUGUAAGGAUUUUCAAAAAAUUUAGAUCCAAAAAAGGAAUUUAGAUGAAUAUUUUUAUAUGUAUUUUUUUUUUUGUCAUUUUUUUCCUUUGAUAACAAACUUAAGUUUUUUG